CUUGCUCGGAAAAUGGUCCAGUGUUGGCUCGUAAAUUUCCCAUCCAUUGGGCUCUCAGGCUCUCAGCCUCUUGGGUUGUUGAGGGACCAAUCCGUGCCUGGAAGGAUGCGAUUCCUUCCUUCAUCCUCUCAAUAUAACCCUGAACCUGCUCCCAUCCCCCAUCCUCCCACUCCCACGACGAACACAACCAAAAUGCCACCAAAACGGUCAAAAACGUCUCUCCUCCUCCUCCCCCUCCUCCUCCCCACAUCUCAGGCCUGGACCUUCCUCUGGACAGACAGCAAAGGCUCCACCACAAUCGAGCCCCCCGCAAGGUGGGACCAGGUCGGACACCCAUGCAAGGAAAUCGACCACCCCAAGGGCGCCUGGUACGAGUUCGACGCCGAAGACGACCGAGAUAUCACAAUCUACUUGUACUCGUCCAAGGACUGUUCCGGCUCGGCGCAGGGGUACGCCACGAACCUGAAGGAGGGGAACUCGUCUGUGCCGCUGCGCUCAUACGAGGUUAUCGAUGAGGCGGCGAGUUCGUCAAGCACCACCUCGACCAGUACGAGUACGAGUAGUACAGAAACGCCGUCUGCUACUACUACUACUACUACUACAACGACGCCUACACCCACACCCGAUGAGGGAUCAAGUUCAGGUUCGGAAGACGACUCCGAGUCCAUAUCGCCCGGUGCAAUAGGCGGGAUCGUCGCCGGUAUUGUUGUCGGCGCCGGUGUCAUCGGGGCAAUCAUAUAUCUCGCGCGGCAGAGACGAAAAGAGUCCUCUCCGUCUGGAUACAACUCUGUCUCUACCUCGCAGGCUCGCCCUGGUCCUGGUCCUGGUCCAGCCCCCGCUCCCGCUCCCGCUCCCCAACCGCCAACGCGCACGCCCACGACCGGCUCUAAUAUGGUCGCUGCACCCUACGUACAGAAUAACCACGAACCGUACUCGCCGACUGUCAUUGACGCCUACAACCAGCAGCCUCUCGCGUAUUCGCCGCUUGAAUCGGCCCAUCCCGGUGGACAGGGUGGGUGGGCAGGGAAAUCGCCGCUGUAUGGUCCUGAUUCUGUUGCAGGGGCGCUGCCUGGGUAUAUACAGCAUCAGCAUCAGCAUCAGCAUGCACCGCAGAGUCAAGGGAGGCAUUUUGCUGCUGAGUUGGAUGGCGGGAGUGAGUUGCAGGAGUUGAGUUCGACGCGGAUGGUCAAUGAGAUUGAUGGAAGGAGUCGCGGGGCGAGUGUUUAUUAUGAGGAUCGCAAGAUAUAAAAAGGUCUUAUUGGAUAUAUUAGGUUAUGGGAUGGAUUGGCUUUGGAGUUGGGAUUGCAUUGAAGGGCUUGAUGGGUAUGGUAAUUUUGUAUGUAGCCUGUUUGGAUAUGGAUUCGGUUGUAUAGCAUUGUAAUG